AGAAAAACUAGGGCCACUCUUCCAGUAGAUCUCCAAAACGUGCUCGUGCAAGAACCAAAGUGUUGUGGUGCUCAAGACAGAAGGGCAUGUAUGUAGGAUGCAAGGUUCCACAUAAGGCAUCUCCAGAUGUACUGCUUAAUGUCUGGAUCGAACCUAUAACACAACGUAGUUGAUACAAUAAAGCCAAAUAACCUUGCCAGAAUAAUGUUAAGUCCUAAGAUGCAAAGAACUAUUCGUGUAAAUGAAAAUCAACUACUAAUGUUGUCGGAAAGGGCUCACUAUGAUCAUGCUAAAUCAGGUUAUCUUCACAAACGGUCUGCAGAUAGCAGCAAGUGGCAACUGAGGUGGUUUGUGCUAUAUCAGAAUCUCCUGUUUUACUACGAAUCUGAGCAAUGUAAUCGCCCUUCUGGAAUACUAAUGCUAGAAGGUUGUUACUGUGAAAGGUUACCAACUACUGGAACAGCAUCCAAAUCAAAAGAUAGUUCGGACAGGCAGUUUUGUUUUGCUGUAACAUAUCGAAGAGAAAAUAUCAGACAAUAUGAGUUGCGCGCCCUCAAUGAAAUGGACUGCAAAAACUGGAUUGAAGCGAUCAGAGAAGCAAGUUUUAACAAGCUACUACUUCAAAAAGAAGAACUGGAACAGAAGCAUCUGCACUUACUACAGAUUGUUGAAUCGGAGAAAACAGCUAAGUGGCAGUAUACUUUGCAAUGCGAAGAGCUGGCAACAGAAAUUAAGAAACUAAGGGCUGAAUUAUUUGCUCUGAAGAAAGAAUGGAGAUCGAUGCCACACUAUCAAUUAAACGGCAAUAUAGCGACAUAUCAAGGUAACCCUAGCUCAGACGUAGGUAGUCAAUUUUCUAACUUAGAUGAAGAUUCCAUUGCACUGCGGAAGAUAAAGAAAGUCCAGAGUUUCUUCCGUGGCUGGCUGUGUCGAAGAAGAUGGAAGCAAAUAGUAGAACAGUACAUCAAAAGUCCCCACGCUGAGAGUAUGCGCAAGCGUAACAGCCUUGUCUUUCGCAUGGUUGAAGAUGAAGAAGAGUACAUGGAGCAGAUGGAAGUGCUAGUCACGUGUUUUCUGAGGCCUUUUAAAAUGGCAGCUUCGUCAAAGAAACCGCCAUGUUCCCAUGAAGACGUAAACUCUAUUUUCUUAAACAGCGAGACAGUAUUAUUUCUUCAUCAGAUCUUUCUGAAAGGAUUGACGUCCAGGUUAGAGAGUUGGCCAACUCUUGUCUUGGGUGAUUUAUUUUCCAUGUUACUUCCUUUAUUAAGCAUUUAUCAAGAAUACGUAAGGAACCAUCACUAUUCCCUCCAAGUACUGACAGAAUGUAAGCAAUCAAUCCAGUUUUCUGCUCUAUUAACACGGUUGGAAAGUAAACCAGCCUGUAGAGGACGAUCAUUAGAAGCCUUUUUGACAUAUCCCAUGCAUCAGGUACCCCGGUAUAUAAUCACCUUACACGAAUUAUUAGCACAUACUCCACAUGACCAUGUCGAAAGGAAGAGCUUGCAAAACGCCAGACAACAACUGGAAGAUUUAUCAAGACAGAUGCAUGACGAGGUAUCAGAAACUGAAAAUCUUCGCAAAAACUUAGCCAUUGAAAGAAUGAUAGUAGAAGGUUGCGACAUACUGCUGGAUGUCAACCAGGUGUUUGUACGGCAAGGAUCGCUUAUUCAGCUUCCAAGUGAAAAGACAAAAACCCCAAAAAGUAAACUUCCUUUUAAAAUUGACAAAGAAGUUGUGAGGCAGUGUUUUUUGUUUUCAAAUCAUCUUAUUAUAGCUACUAGGACGUUAAGUGGAAAACUUCAUUUAGUUCCUGGCGUUGGAAGAAUUACGCUUGCUGAUGCUCGUUUGAUAGAAGAUCCGUCAGAAAAUCCUGAAGAGGAUGCAUCUAGCCAAUCGACUACAAGUGAAGCUUCAACCAGCACAAGUGCAUAUCACAACAGAGAUUUUAAGAUCGUCAUAGAAACAAAGAGUCUGACGCAAUCCAGUCAGGUUUGCGUCCAUUUAUUAGCAUCAACAAUGCAAGAGAAGACUGCCUGGAUAUCUGAUAUAACCCAGUGUCUGGACAACGUACAGUUCAGCGAUAUUAUGGGACCAACAAUGCCAGACAGUAGUUCCAUAAGCCUUCCACAGUCUCUUAAAGAUGAUCCCAAAUUGUUUAAGAAUGAAGCUGAUAUUAGGUUCAGUCGUACUUUGAAUUCAUGUAAGGUACCACAAAUUCGGUAUGCCACACCUGAACGGUUGCUACAAAGACUGACAGACUUGAGAUUCCUCUCCAUCGACUUCCUUAACACUUUUCUGCUAACUUAUAGAGUAUUCACUGACGGCGUAACAGUCCUGGAAGCCCUAAAAAAGGUUUUCUAUAGUAUUGAAGACUGCCUUGAAGUAUCUUUAGAUGGACUACAAACUGAGAGAAAUGAGAGUACCUUGCAAACCUUUGAGGAUGGAAGAAGACGGAGUAGUUUUUCACCACGAAGAACCAGUGGUGCCAGUUCUGUGUCUGGAUAUGGGUCUGAAAUGAGCGAUAGGGACAGAUCUCACAGCUAUGACUCCCAAGGCCAUAAAGUUUGGAAGGCAACAUUGCAAAUGUACAGAGAAGAGGGACAAGAAGCGGAGAGUCCCAAACUGCUCAAAACCAGUCCCACUAAAACUGGAGACAAUUUGUUAUGUCCUGGUAAUAAAUCUAUCUUUAUAAAAGUCGAAUCAGCGAAAGUUGAAGAGAAAAACAAUUUUUUAACAAUUUCCAAAGUAGCGGCCUCCAGCAGCAGUGAUACCUUAACUGAUGUAACCGUCCUUAACGCGCCAUAUUCCCCCAGCAAUCUGAGCUCAAUAACUUUAGUCGCUUUAUCACCAUCAGAUAGCAGCCGCCAAGACAUUAUCCCUUCCCCAGCUAUAUCUCCACCAAAAGACUCAUCUGAAAAGACUGCACAAAAAGCAUAUCCAAGCAAGACAACCACUUCUACCAAAACCAUAACCACCACAAGUGUGAAAGUUUCAGUGGUUAAGUCCCCUACUAAGUCUGCCAUUCAAACACUUUUGUCUCCUACCAAAGACCAAAAAAGAACCGAGCAACCAAAAAAACCUUCAGUUAAAAUGAAGCAGGAAUCAAGUGACAAGGCUAAGGUAAUACAAAGAGGGGUUUCAGUGGAAUCAGAGGAUCAAUCAGAUGAGCAUCAUUUUAAUAGUCACAGCCAACAUGCCUCAUGUAGUUCUUCAAGAUCAGCGAGUAUUUCUACUUCAACAGGAGUUAUGCAGUCGUUUUUUCAAAGCUACUAUGGAAUGAGCCAAUCAGGAACGGAAAAAGACGUGCCAACAGCCAGAUCAAGCUUCCAGGCGGAUUCUCCAUCAAGACCAAGUCGUGCUGGUGUUGUAAUCACCUCUUUUCGAAAAUCGAAACGAAGAAGCAGUACAUCAACAGCAGCAGCAGCUUUUGCCGUUGCUACUUCUGGCUCCAGUAAUCCUCGAGAUGUUUCCCCGUGCAGAGAGCAAGAGGAGUACAAUGCAGAAAGAGUCCGGCACAAGGAAUCGGUCACCUCCACAGCAUGUACUAUGCGCGUACUGAAUGUGCUGAGACACUGGAUCUCCAAGCAUGCUCAAGAUUUCGAAAAUGAUCAAUGUUUGAAAAACUUAACGGUUGAGUUUUUGGAAGAUAUUAUUUAUAGUCCAAAUCUGUUGCCUGCUGAGCAUAAAGCCGCUGUUCAGUUGUUAAGGUUGCUUAUCAAGGAGGAACCGAAGAGUAGCAAAGUGGAUGUGCAACGUUUGCUUACUCCUUCACCGGUAGCCAGCAAAGAGUCUAUUGAGACAUUGUCAGCUUUAGAAAUAGCAGAGCAGCUUACCUGUAUUGAUCAUCAAAUAUUUAUAAAUAUUUCGAGCGAAGAACUCCUGGGGCAAGCUUGGAUGAAGCUCGACAAAGAAAAGCGAGCCCCCCACAUUCUUAUGAUGACUAAACGCUUUAACGACGUCUCUCGACUGGUUGCUUCAGAGAUCUUAAGACGCAAGUCGAUUGCUGCAAGAGUAUCCACCAUUGAAAAAUGGGCAGCAGUGGCGGACAUCGCUAGAUGUCUUCAUAACUUCAAUGGAGUACUACAGAUAUGCUCAGCGUUCACCAAUACGUCGAUAUUUAGGCUGAAGAAGACAUGGGAGAAAGUCUCUAAAACGGCCAAACAUACGAUUGAAAAGCUGCAGACUGUUGUAUCAUCAGACGGGCGUUUUAGAUCUCUAAGGGACGCUUUACAUAGAUGUGAUCCACCCUGUAUACCAUACCUUGGCUUGUAUUUAACGGACUUAUCUUUUAUCGAAGAGGGAACCCCAAAUUUUACUACCGAUGGUCUUUUAAAUUUUUCGAAAAUGCGCAUGAUUGCCCAUGUUAUUCGAGAAAUCCGCCAUUUUCAGCAGACCCCGUACAAUAUAGAACUCAUACAAAAAGUAGCCAAUUAUUUGUUAGAUACUUCGCUUAUUAUGGACGACGAAGAACUAUAUAACACUUCUCUGGAACUCGAACCAAGGACACCUCGAUUGGUCUCUCAAUUAUCAACAACUAUUAUCAAGUAAAUUUUACCAAUAUAUUCUUAUGUACACGGCAAUCAUAUACUGGUGUAAAAAUUUGACACAUCACUCAAUAAUCCUUGAAGCAGAGCAAAGAAUUUAUAUUUAUUAAAUAUUAUCUUAAUGAAACCAUGUAUUAAAUUUUUUUAUUUUAUGAAUCAUUUUUUAAUGACUACUAUUUAGGAAUAUCUAUUAUAUUCCAAGUUCUAUUCUUAUUUUCUCAUAAAUAAAAUGUAUAGGAUAACAUAAUAUUAUUAGGCUCAGAGAUGCAGAGACGUCAAUUGCGACAUCUAAUCCGUAAAGCGUUUGAUCCAGUACACCUCGCCAAGAUGAUGCAAAUACUAAAAUAAGCAGGAAUUAACAACCAAGAUCUGAAAAUAGUUAGAAACCUCUACUGGAAUCAGGCCGCAAAUCUCAGAGUUGAAGGUAAGCGUACCGAAUAUGUGAAGAUCAUGCGUGGAGUGAGCCAAGGCUGUAUUUUGUCUCCUAUAAUUAAUCUUCAAUCUCUACUCUGAAAGGAUAUUUAUCGAAGCUUUGCACGAAACUAAGAAAAGCAUUCUACUAGAUGGACACCACCUAAACAACACCAGGUAUGAAGAUGAUACGAUAGUAUUCGACCUACAAGCCAUGAACAAAAUCACGUAUUACAGUCAACAAUAUAUACAGGGUGAGGCAGAGUCAAAAGUCCUAUUAGAAAUAUCUCGAGAACUAAAGGAAACAGAAUCAUGAAAAUUGGAAUGAAGGGGUUUUGAAGAGUGAUCUCUUUAAUAAAAAUAUUUUCAUCGAUUUGCUACUUCCGGUUAUACCGGAAGUGGCUUAUAACUUCGUUUUUUUACAUGGAACAUCCUGUAUAUUUUUACAUUUUUGGAUUCUCCUGGAUGUCUUCUUCCUUAAAAUAUGAGGUUUUGU